AUUCGUUUUUAUUAUACUUCGAAGCAUAAGUUAGGUUUGCUUAUCCCUCACCAUCAAUGGCUCUACAACCAUUGAAGCUCCCAUGGUUGGAAGAACUGCAAGUGUUACAGAUUCUUCAACUUCUUCUUCUUCUCUUCAUUCCCUGUUUAUUUAUUUCAAAGUUCGUUAGAUCAACCAAGAAAUCCAAUUUGCCACCAUCUCCACCAAAGCUUCCGUUUAUUGGAAAUCUUCACCAACUAGGGACACUUCCUCACCGCUCUCUUAGAGCUCUUUCUCACAAGUAUGGACCUCUCAUGUUCAUGCAGUUGGGCUCUUCUCCAACUCUUGUAGUUUCCUCUGCUGAGAUUCUUGAAGAGAUCACAAAGUCUCAAGAUGUUGUAUUUUCAAGUAGGACCAGAAUGGCCGCCGGUGAGAAGAUCUUCUACGGUUGGAACGGCUUGGCGUUUGCAUCCUACGGUGAGCAUUGGAGACAGAUGAGGAAGUUUUGUGUACUUGAGCUCUUGAGUGUUAAAAGGGUACAGUCAUUCAAGUUUGAUAGAGAAGAAGAAGUUGGUAUCUUGAUUGAGAAGGUAAAUCAUUCUUGUCAAAUGGGAAACUCAGUUAAUAUUACUGAUUUGCUACUCAUUACAUCUAAUAACUUGAUCUCACGAGUUGCUUUGGGUGGGAAAUACCAAGGAGAAGACAAUAAUGAGAGCAAAGUAUGGCUAUUGACUAGGGAAUUGAUAUCAAUCUUCGGAAUAUUUUGUGUGCGUGAGUUCUUCCCAUUGUUGGGAUGGAUUGAUAAACUCACUGGCUUGGAUACAAAAAUAAACAUGACUUUCAAAAGGUUGGAUGCCUUCCUUGAUCAAGUGAUCCAAGAACAUCUCAGGGGCAAAAAGGAUGAUAAGCAAUCAAAUCCGGAAGACUUUGUAGAUCUUUUGCUCCAAGCUCUCAAGGACUCGACAUUCAACAUUCCCCUCACUCACAACAACAUCAAAGGAAUCCUUCUGGACAUGUUUGUUGGUGGAAUUGAUACAACAGCAGUAACUGUUGAAUGGGCACUGGCAGAGGUUAUUAGGAACCCAAGGGUGAUGAAGAAAGCCCAAGAAGAGGUAAGAAGAGUGGUGGACAAGAAAUCCAGAGUUGAAGAAGAUGAUAUUUGUAAAAUGGACUACUUAAAGUCCAUCAUUACGGAAUCGCUAAGAUUACAUCUUGCUUCGCCCUUGAUUCCACGAGAAACUACGAGAGAUACUGAUAUCAAAGGUUACCAUGUCCCUUCUAAGACAAGAGUUUUUAUUAAUGCAUGGGAGAUACAGAGGGACCCCAAAUUAUGGGAUAAUCCAGAAGAGUUUAUUCCAGAGAGAUUUACCAACAGCCCAAUUGAUUUUAAAGGCCAGGAUUUCAAAUACAUUCCUUUCGGCACAGGACGAAGGAGUUGCCCAGGAAUGUCAUUUGCAUUGGCAUCCUCUGUGUUAAUUCUUGCCAACCUCUUAUGCUGUCUUGACUGGGAGUUACCAGGGAAUUCCAAAAGAGAAGACAUAGACAUGACUGAGGCUUUUGGGAUUGCACUUUUUAAAAAAGAUCCUCUUUAUCUUCUUCCAAAACCUUACCUUUAUUAAACUUAUU